AUGAGUGAUCUAUUCAGUCUUAAGGGCCAAACGGCAGUAGUCACCGGUGGCGCCCGGGGAAUUGGUCAAGCCAUGGCGAUAGGACUUGCCGAGGCCGGAGCGGACAUUAUAUUGAUAUUGAGAAAUGAAUCACAACAAGAGACGAAGCGGGCGAUCGAGGCUCUCGGCCGCAAAACCACCGUUUACACCGCGGACCUCAGCAUUGCAUCGCAACUCGACGGCCUGAUCGGCCGUAUUAGCAGCGAGCACCCAGACUUCUCGAUCCUGGUCAACGUCGCCGGGAUCCAGCGGCGCAUUGCGGCCGCCGAGUUCCCCGACGACAUGUACGACGAGGUGCUGCAGACGAAUCUCAAGGCGACGUUCAAGCUGUGCAAGGACACGGGCAAGUAUUGGCUUGAGAAGGGGACCAAAGGGUGUAUUAUCAACACGGCCAGUCUUGCGUCGUUCCAGGGCGGCAUCAAUAUGGCCGCGUAUGCGUGCAGUAAAGGUGGGGUGCACAUGUUGACCAAGGCGUUGAGCAAUGAGUGGGCUGGGAAGGGUAUCAGGGUUAAUGCUGUUGCUCCGGGGUAUAUUGCCACCGACAUGAAUCUCGACACCCGGUCGAACGAAGACACCACAUACUACGAGUCGAUCACAACGCGCAUCCCUGCUGGGCGAUGGGGCGAGCCGAAUGAGUUCAAGGGAGUCACCGUGUUCCUGGCCAGUCAGGCGAGUAGCAAGUAG